GGGUGUUUUAUUUUACCUCGGGGGGCACAGAGGACAUGGCUGGUUGGUGGUGCGAUGUGAAAGAGUGCUACCAAGACGAACAGUAGAGAGACGUGAAUUUUGUCGAUCCUCGAAGGGAAGAAGAAGGUCUGAAGAAGGAUUCUAGUCGGGACCAAUGGGACUAGGAUCGCUCUGCGCCAUGACCGUGCGGAGGUGCCUGUCAUUGGCGAUACCAAUCUGCUUGAUCCUGUCUGCCGAGUUCGGCGCGGUCCAGGCCGAACGAUGGUCACGACAGGUCUCGAACAGCGAAUGGAUCCCCCUUCCGGACCCAAGAUCCACCCAGACUCAGGUCGAGCAGAGCAACCCGGUCCCUGGGUUGCUGGCGAGCGGCACGGCCCAGUUGCCGCAAAUUCCGCAGCUGUCCUUGCCACCCAGUCUUCAGCAACAGUACCAGGAACAGCUUCUGCAGCUGCAGAAGACGCAAGAGAGCAUACAGAAACUGCUUCUGCUGCAGCAACAACUGAGAACUCAGCAGCAGCUUCUUCAGUCUCAAGCAUUCCUGCCGAGCGGCUUCAGCAACCCCGAGGAGGACAAGCGUCAGCAUCAAGGCGCGAUAGGACACCAGCCAACGGGGCCUGACCUGGCUCAGGAGGACCUAGUACCCCCACUCCCUGCCACCGAUGCCCUGCCUCCGGUAUAUCCGGCCCAGAAUUUUCUCCCUCAGAGACCCAGGUCUCAUCCGCCAGGAAAGCAGGAACCGGACGUCCAGAGUCCCCAGGCGUACGCGAACUUGCCCGGUCGGGACUUCAAGACCGGUCACUUGUUACAACAGAACGUUGGGGACAUUGGAGAGAUCGAUCAGGCUCAGGACAGCCAGCGACAGGGGGCGAAGAACUUGAAGGAAGGGAACCAGGCCUACUACGUGCCUCAGGCGGAAACUGGACAGGACGAGGAGGAAGAGGUGCAGCUGGUGUACGUGCCAGCGGAAACGUUGGCGCAACGAGGUCAGCCGAAGCGUGGCCGCGGAAGAAAGCAGCAUCCCCAUCGGCAGCAGCAGCAGCAGCAUGGACAACGACAGCAUCACCAGCACCGCGAGAACCAAAACGUCGAGCAAGGGGCGAUCCCUCGCGACCAGGACACGUUCACUCGACAGUUGCUGCAGCAGAUACAGAUGGAGCGCGAGGAGAAGACCCAGUUCCUGAAGGAGGAGCGGAUGAAGGAGUUCGCCAGGUUGAACGAGGAGCAAAGAGCGCUCGAGAGGAAGGCCCGCCUGCAGCAGGAGGCCGUUCAGAGGGAGCAGGAGCUGCAGAGGCAGCGCGAGGCUGAGAAGAAGAAGAAGGAGCUGGAGAGGCUCGAGGAGAUGGCUAAGCAGCGAGAACUAGAGAGGAUUCGCGAGGCCAGAGAGAAGCAACGGUUGGAGGAGCUCGAGCGAAGGAGACUGGCGGAGAUUAGGGCGAAGGAGGAGAAACGAAGGGCAGAGGAGGCCGCCAAGCAGAGGGAGGCUCAGAGGGAGGCCCAGAGGGAGGCCGAGAGGGCCGCUGCCUUGGAGAGACAGAAGGAACGGGAGAUCCAGGAAGCGUUGAAGCAGCAGAGGAUCCUGGAGAAGCAGCGAGAGGACGAAGCCAGGGCGGCCAGCCCCGUUAACCAACACCAGGACGUGCAGACCCAGGCUCUUCCGCUGAUCAGGGACCAGCAGCCGGACUUCCAUCGUCAACAUCUCGAAUCGGCGAAACCUGCCAGGAGCAAGCUUCGCGGCAGACAUCGUCAGAGGAACCAGUACCAGGAGCAACAGACCUAUCGCGAGCCAACGACCACUCCGUCCCCUAAUCAGCCGCCCCUCUCGGUCUACAUGGGGAACUCCUACUCGAAGGCCACGUCAGCCAGAGUGUCGGACGUCCUGAAGAUACUGAAGGACGCGAAGACGAUCGCCGUCCUGGACACCGUCGGCCCGGACACGCCUCAGGUCUUCGUAGGCCCGACCAGCCUGGAUCCCCCGGUGGGAUAUGCCAAGUUCGAUCUACCCUACCUCUCGUCCAUCGAUCACAACCGAGUGGAGAGAAAGGUGGACAAGCUGCCCUUCUUCGUCGCGCCUCUCAGCUUCGAGCCACCGCCAGGCUACUCGAAGAUACCCUUCCCGUCCCCCCACAUCGGGUCAGUGGUCGUCAACACUCUGGACAACACCGAUCCCAAGGACGGUGAUAACCAGGAUCCAAGCCCAACACCCUUGAUCGAGCCCAAUUCCUACAGCGACGGGCUCGACGGAGGCUCGGACCCCACCACCGCCUUCUACGAGCCUCAGACUACCGCGGGCUACUCUCAGGAACCGUCCAGCACGCCCAAGUACGAGCCAACGUAUUCGACGACCCCGCAGCCUGGAUACUCGGGCUCCAGGUUCAGGUUCAGGCAGUUCUACGGCGACAACAAGCCAGCCUCCGUGAUCAGCACGGGUUACUACGAGGAUCAGCGACCGGCCACGAGGAAGCACAAGUACUACGACGAGAGCCUGAGGACCACAGAGAGCCCCAAGGUGUCUGCUUCGGUCAGCCAGAUAGAAGAGGUCUCGUACUCCACCACUCCGAGCUACAAGGACGGACCCGUAGGACCCCAGGACCCUACAACCAAGACUCAGGAUCUGGCUGCCCAGCUGGAGCUGAUAAACCAGGAGCUCGCUCAGCAGAGGGAGUCCCAGAGAUACCUGCCAGCGGGACAAUAUACUCAGGAUAACUCGCAGUCUACGUCUGACUUGAGCAAUCAUUACGACGGUGAGAUACCCUCGGGGGACCUCAACGACGUAAGAGCACCCAUCGGUCCCACCCAGUACAGCCUCCCAGCAGAGCUGCCAGCCAUUUCGCCUCAUCUGCCAGGAUUGGUGAACUCGCUACUCGACAAGAACGAGGCCAAACUCCAGGCCACCACGACCACCCCCACGACACCUUCCACGACCACUGUCGUCACCACGACGCUGAGGACUCCCACAACCACGUACAGACCACGCGGACGUCAGAGGAACAGGGUCGUCAGCACCAGACCAAGGACGACGACUCAAACCCCCUCCACGAGAUCCACCACCGAGAGGAACCGAAGACCCUACAACAGAUCCAAGUCCAGGUUCACGAGCACCACCGAGGAAUACCGCGACGCGUCGUACGAGCCAAGCAAGUCCAGGAUACCGGAGACCACGUUGAAGUACAGCACGGAACACAGGAGGCCCUCCAGCAGAACGCAGAAGUACAGGAGCAGGGAGAAGACGCUCCAGCAAACCGAGGUGUUCGCGCAGAACCAGGAUCAGCAAGCCCAACAGCCCUACGAGAAUAUUCCUCACAACGACGCAGCCUCCCCUCCCACCGGAAGCGCGUUCCUGCAACCUACUGGUGGAGACAGUCUCCGUCAUCUGGACGCGUCCUCGGGCCUGAACGACUACCCCGCGGAGAAUUACCCCACCACCAUGGCGGUCAGCACCACCGAGAACUACCCCUCCUCCCUGCGCGACGUGACGGUGAAUCAAGGAUCCUCGCUGACCUCCGAGGACUACUCCAAGCUUCAGAUCUACCCCCAAUCCCUUCCGGAGCAAACUCACUAUCGCGGUGAAGCCUACGAUCAAGUGGAGCACACCGGUCUGGAGAAGACGCCUGUGAACGGAUUCAAUUAUCAAGCCCAAAAUGGGGAACCUCUGGAACAGGGGAUCCUCCAGAGACCGAAGGAGUAUCAGCUCGACGGCAAGGCGGAGAACAGCGACUACGAAUUCGCUACCACGGCUGAUCCUCGAUCGAGGAUAUCCGAGGAGCAACGUUACUCCACCAUUUACGAAGUGAACGUAGCCCAAGGUCAACCGGAGUACAGCCUGACUGGACAGGACAAUCUUCAUCGUUUGGAGAGCGAGAAGAUUCAGAGCACCGUUCACGCCCAACCUAACGAGUCGCCUAUCUUUGUUCCACUGCCUGAGAAUAAACAAGAGGACUACGAGCUGUCCGUAUCCUCCACCGAGACUCCUACGGUCGACGUGACCACGGAGACCACCACUACGAGCACCACCCCCGUAACGAUACGCCAGCGAGUGAGAGGACGUGUCGGCACCCGCGCGCGCCACGAGCCGACCGUUCAAACUCGAAACAGAGGCUCCCAAGACGAAUACGUCCGUUUCAACGUGGUGAAUCAAGAACCCACGAGGACCACAGGCAAUCGACAGAGAAACAGGCCGAGAUCGCGUACCCAGAGUCACGGAUCGCAGGUUCAAACGGACGGGAACGAGUACAUAAAGAUCCACGCGGUUCAGCAACAGAGGCUAAUCGCCACCACGACCCCAGUACCAACUACGACCACGACCACCGCGGCGCCAGUCGAGGAGGACCUCGACUACGGGUUCAUAAGGCCACCCAACUUCAAACCCGUGCAUCCGGUGGACAACAGGUUCCAGGCACCUGUCACCUAUCGGCCACAUCUUUCGGAAGUGCCGCACCAGUCCCUGCUACCAAACGACGAAACCGAAGUGGAAUCGAGUCCUCAACUGCUGAAGACCCGUCAGAAGUACCAACCACCGCCUAACCGUCGUCUGCCAAGACCCACGACCCUGCCUCCAACGGGUCCGCUUCUGACGGAGGCUCCGACCACCACCGAAAGAAUAUCCAUCGCCACCUUAGUGCCCGACGACUCCGUAUACGCGGUGAAAUCAAAGUCCCGGCCGGAAGAGAAACCGACGCGAGCCAGAAGCAGGUUCCGCGGUUCCCUGAAGAAGAAACGCGUGUCCACCACUACCAGCACCACGGAGUCUGUCCUGGAGGCCCACAACGAGCUACCCUUGGACGAGAACUACCCGCGCGUGCUUUCCCAACAGUCCACCACCGAGCAGCAACCGAAUCUCUACGAGGAUAAUUACGACGGGGCGCAGUUCUCUUCGUCGCGUAAUCCAACAUCUCAUCAGUACUACGAAUCCUCCAGCGAGAACUAUCCAGCCGAGUUCGUUCUGAACUUCGGCAACUAUCCCGAGCUGGGUUCUCAGCGCGAGGAAUACGACCAGACGCAGCUGGCCAGCAGCUCGCCGAGAAAGUACAGUGAAGCUGCUCGAGCCAAGGAGGCCCCGCACUCGAUGACCGCCGACAUUUACGGCGCGGAGAGUCAGUGGUCCACGAAAUUGACGAGAACCUCCUUCCAGCCCAGCGCGGCGGUGAACCAGGUGGCCGGGGAGUCGAGCAAGGAUAGCGAAUGGCUCCGGGAGACCCAGAAGAACGAGGACGCUCCCGAGAUAAUCACCGCCGCGCCGGAACUCGCGUCCGUCACACUGGUGGUUUCCUCGGACGAUAACGGGAGAGAGGAACCGAGGGAAGAGGAGUCGAUGCUGAUGGGCACCACGGAGUUCGGCAGGAAAACGGGCAGCCAGGAUCACACGGAGGACGCUAACGCGACUAACGGGGUAACUGGUGCGCCGACGACGAUAACGCGAGACGGAAACGGCGACGAAGCGGAAACGAUUCGCGACGUCGAGUCGUGGUCGAUGGAUAGGGUGGAGAACUCCACGGAGCGACAGACCACCGUCGAUCUCGCAAAAACGACCAAGAAAACCGCUGACCCACCGACCGAGAGAAAGAGAACGCGAAGAAGGAAGGUCCGCGUGCGAGUGAGGCCAGCCGUGGACGACUUCGUCACAGCGGAGUCGCAGCACUUCAACUCGGCCGUGAACAGUUUGAUUCGUGACCAAUACCGCUACAACCCUCUCAGGGAGUCGAAAGUCACCACCACGGAUCCAAGUUUGACGGAGAAGUUCGCCGUGCAGGACUUCCUGACCGAGAUCCUCAAGGAGGACAGACCCUCAGCGAGGUCUACGACCACGGAAGCACCGGAAGUCGCGUGGACGAUGUCUCCGGCGAUGACCACGCCGAUGGUCAUCCCGGACGACGUCGAGGAGACGACCGUGACCGAGAUCCGAGCCACCACGAUGCCUCAGGAGACCACGACCGCCAAGUCCGACGAGGACAUCGUCACGCAGAUGACGUCCGAGCCUCGCGAGGACGCGGAAGAGGACAAGAAGCCGUGGGAAGCGGAGAAGAUCGGCAAGGAGAAGAAGAAGACACCCGACAAGAGCCACUGGGAGAAGAGUGUUCAAGAUGCGUUGGAGUUGGGAUUGUUAACCGAAAAGUUCCCGUCCAAGGGCAACGACGUCGAAGACUCCGCCAAGCUGGAUAACAACAGGGCGACUGAGAGCGACGAGAAUUUCACGGCUACUAGAACAAAGUUAAAGGCGAUCGAUGACCCAAACGAAAGCUUCUCGGAGUCCCUCGAAGAGGAUCAGGAACCCAGGCACGGAGACGAUUACGCCUACCCGAAGAAUCACAGGGCAAAGUGGAGCGAAGUGAGGCACCCUUCGUCCUACGAUCGGUCCCAGGCGUCCGGCAGGCAACGCGACCUGAAAUCUAACGCGAAAUCCUCUAUCCCUGGCCUGGUCGCCAAGAACGAGGGAGACUCCAGCGUGAAGACCCUGUCCGACUACGUGAAGGCCAUCUUCGAUAGCAUGAAGAGCGCCGAGGAGGAAACCACUGUGUCGGAUACGGAGAGGCCAGAGGUCGCGACGACCACGCAGACGCCCACGGAGUUCAAUCUCUUUGAAGAAAUCACCCAAGAAAGGGUAACGACCAAGGAUCCCGAGAUCCAGGAUACCACGGAACCGAUCCUCGCGACAGAAGACGGGAAGGACGAGACUCGGACGACAGAGUCGACGACGAACGUCGAGCAAGAAAACGCGACGACCUUGGAUCGCGUCGCUACGACUCCGGAAAGUACCACGAGUUCGUCCUUCGAGGGCUUGGUCACCGAUCCACCCUCCGCGACGACACCGAAGACCGUCACCACCACCCUGGCGAGCAACGCGACGGAAUCGAUCCUCGGGAAGGUUCUGCGAACCUCGACGACCACGAGGGUGUCCCACAUGACCGAGAUCUGCUACAGAGGUCGAUGCGUGAUGACCAGGCCCAGCCAGGACGAAAGGUUCAGAUGAAGGGGACGGGGAGGAGCUACCUUGAAAUCGUCGUUCCCUUUUACCCAACGCUACGAGAGCCGAAAGAACGGAUCUGCUCGCGGAGGCCUCGUUAAUCGCCAUCCACGUGCUACUUACAGUAUCGUCUCGAAAUAAGCAACUCGCUGUCUCCACUGUUUUGUUUCAAGUCGUCCGCCGAGCGAGAGAUCCGACAAGAAUUCGAUUUUGCUAGUGCCGCAACGAGAAAGCACGUUACGUCCUAUAAUUCUCCAAACAAUUACACCAUCCAUGUUCGAGGGUCACUUUCAAGCGAUCACUAAACAGCUCGCAGGUCCCGACCGAACUGCUUAUCCCAAGACGAUACUGUAUUCACUUAUUUAUUUACCAGAAUCCGGUUUCUUCGCGCUACGAGUUUCUUUCCUUGGACUGUCUGUAUAUACGUGUACACGUUAUAAUUAUAAACACACAAUCCCAACGCGGAAGCGCGAUCCGAGUGGAAGGGACGAGUGUUUCUUUCGGUUCACCAAAUGUAGAAUUUUAUUAAUGUUCGCCGAUUCACCGUUGACCCUUUUACCGACGGCUGCUUCUUCAUCCGAGUCCCGCGAUUCCAGCGAUGGAAUCCGUUUUUUCGCGAAGGGUUGAGCGCGAUCGAGGGCGAAGAUGGACGGACGGGAGCACGGAGGCCCGAGAAACAACGAAACGCGAGAGCAUAUUUUUAGGGCUGGGAGUGUUUUUAAGCGUUUGAGGAUUGUUUAGAUUGUACACGAGUUUUCGAUCAGUUCGAUCGGUAUGGAUUCGUACCCUCUAUAUUUAUUGAAAAAAUAUCUGAUUUCGACGAAUGCUUCGUGUUUCCAAGUGAAUUUAUAAUUGUGAAUACAGUCGGUCCCACAAAUAUUCGUACCCUCCAUGUUCAUCGAAGAAAUUUGUUUGAAUUAAAUGGUAAGUUCGAUGUUACCAAAUAAGUUUUUCUUUAUAUAUACACGUGUAAAGUUUAUCUAUGUAUAUAUUUAUAACGAAAUAUUUAUUUGAAAACAUCGGACCUAUUAUUUAAUUUAAACGAACUUCUUUAAUAGACAUCUUCAAUAGACAUAGGGUACGAAUACUUAUGGGACUGACCGUAUAUUCCCGUAAAGCCACGAAAGGUCCAUAAAAAUGUUAAAAAUAAUGUACUCCGAUCCGAUGAAGAAAGUCGAGCACCGUGUGGCUCGGAAUCGAUCGUCGCGACGCUUGUUCGCAAAAAGGGGGCCAAACGUUUCUGGUGUCACCCACUCGACUGGCUCGCAGCCGGAAACGGAGGACCAGCUCGCGUUCGCUUUAAGGUCGAAACGACAGAGGCCUAAGUCUAAUUAACGGAAAUCACCUACUCGCCCGCUGUUGGUAUACGUGUAAGUUAAGCGUUUAAGUAUUUUAAUAAAAACGUAAGAAAGCCAACGGCCUCGU